AUGGACGAGCUACUCACAAAACAUCUCAAAGAAAAACGAGACCUAUCGUCAAGAAUCGCCCAGAAAAAGAAGAAUGCUACUAAGAAGACACGAAAAGGCGUAACCGACGAGUGUGAGAGACUAGAAAGACUGCUGGCCGAGCAACAGGCAGCAGAGAUUGCGGAGUUGAAACCCCAGGAUCCCGAACAGCUAGACAGGGCUGUUGAAGGACUUUCUAUCGUGGACCUUGCUGCUCAGCACCAAGAGGCACGUCAUUCUACGCCAAAGGAUUUGGCUGCCAGUGCGGUCGACUCUCCAACACCAUCUGAGGCCGGGUCUGACUUUCACCAACGUAGCAAGAAGCCAAAUCGCCAAAAGGCACGCCUUGCUCGGCGGGCUGCCGAACAAGAUGCUGCGGUAAGCGCCGCCGAGCAGGAAGCAAAAGACCAACCCGACCGCCGGGAGCAGGAACAGUCGUCAAUGAAGAAGCAAAUGGAAUCCCUCAAGUUGCGAGAGACUUCGAUCCGACCCGAUGGACAUUGCCUAUUUUCUGCAUGCGCACACAGCAUGCCUUCAGACACUCUUCCCAAAUCUACUCGGAAUAAAGAGCCUUAUCAGACAGUAAGAACAUCUGCGGCAGACUUCAUGUCAUCACAUCCAGACGACUUUGCUCCAUUCCUCGAGGAGCCUCUAGAUACUUACAUCACGAAGAUCAGAGACACGGCGGAGUGGGGAGGGCAGUUGGAGUUACAGGCCAUUGCACGGUCCUACAACAUUGAUAUCAAUGUGCUUCAAGCAGAUGGCCGGAUUGAGAGAAUCCGCUCAGGUGCCUCGGACAACAAAAACGUCAUUUGGCUGGCCUACUAUCGACAUAGUUUCGGCUUAGGUGAACACUACAAUGCUCUGACCGAGGUUGAACAAGGCCGAGAUGUGACAUGA